AUGAUCGGGUUUGAGAAGAACCGUAAGUUCUUCUGGGAAUCUCGCCUUGCAGAAGCAGUAAGUGUCACUGGAAAAGGAUUUACGGAUCAAUAUCAGAGGUCGUCAGCGAAGAGUGGUGAUUAUAAGCCCAUUUUGGAACCCAUUUUGUUGUUAAAAGAUCAUCUAAAAAAUCACAGUGAGAUAGUGUCAAACAUGGACUCAGAAGACUCUGAGCCAGGAGAAGCGUUCAAUCUUCUUGAAAAUGAAUCUGAUUCAGAUUCACUAGAAUUAGAAUGCUCAUAUGGAGAAGAGGAAUAUAUCAGAGAGCAUAACAUGAAGGUAUAUGCUAAUAGAGUUGAGCAAAAGAGGAUGCCAACUGUGGUGGAAAUAGAGAAUUUGUUAAAGCCAGUAAUCAAUGAAGAUCCUCAACUAUACUGGGAUAAGGAUCCAGUAUAUUGCCAGCUUAAGAUGAAUGAUGCUAAUGCCAUAUGUCAAGUCAAAGCCAUCCCUCAUUAUAGAGAAGAAGAUAGGAAAGAGAUGGAAAGUCAGAUUCAAGAACUACUUGAGAAAAGGUUAAUCAGACCUUCAAACAGUCUGCAUCAUGCUCGAGCUUUUCUAGUAAGAAACCAUGCGGAACAAGUUAGGGGAAAAGCUAGAAUGGUCAUUGAUUACAGAGAUGAUAAUAAGAAGACCGUAAAAGAUGGUUAUCAGAUAGCUCAUGUGAGGGUCCUUAUAAAUCCUCUCAAAGGAGCAAAAAUUUUCUCCAAGUUUGAUGCUAAAUUAGGAUUUUGA